UCUCUAUCACUCCCUGAAUAUUACAGGUUUAGAUCCAUUUAUUUAUUGCAUAAUUACCUUUAUAUUUCUUCGUCCAAUUUGAUCUCCCUUUCCGGGUGUUUUUUUCCUCAUGAUUUAGAUUUUAUACACAUCAAUUAAUUAUAUAUACAACGUAUAUUGUGUAUAAAUGCAUUUUUGGUGUUUAAGGUUAGGGUUUUAAUUGUUAUAGAGGGGGAAGAUGUUCAAUAAAAUCAUGAAGAGAGGCCACCGUAAGGUGCCCAAACCGGAUGGCGCCGCUGUUGAUUAUUCCUAUGCUCCGACUGGACGGAGUUCCGGUCCUGUCUCUACCUCCAAUGUUGUUGUUAACCAUGCUUCCCGUGGUGGUGCGCCGCCUGUUUCGUCCCAAUUUCAGCAACUUCCUGCCACAGCCGGAAUGGUCCCUCUUCCCGGAACCAUUGAGAAUCUACCUAUGUUCCGGGAUGUCCCAGUUACCGAGCGGCAGAGUUUAUUCUUGCGGAAACUCCAAAUCUGCUGCUUUCAAUUUGAUUUCUCGGAUACCCUUAAGAUGGUGAGAGAAAAGGAGAUUAAAAGACAAACCCUUGUGGAGCUUGUAGAGUUUAUUCAAUCUGGGUCCGGUAAAAUUUCUGAAAGCAAUCAAGCGGAAAUGAUACGAAUGAUAUCCUUGAAUAUUUUGCGAUGCUUGCCUCCGGCCUCCCAUGAAAACUCAGGUUCGGAAAAUCUAGACCCCGAAGAGGAAGAGUCUUACCUCGACCCUUCUUGGCCCCAUUUGCAGUUGGUUUAUGAAUUGCUGUUGCGGUAUGUGGUUUCAUCUGAUACAGAUACGAAGGUUGCAAAGCGAUAUAUUGAUCAUUCUUUUGUGCUGAAGUUGCUUGAUUUGUUUGAUUCGGAGGAUAUGAGGGAGAGGGAAUAUUUGAAGACAAUACUGCAUAGGAUAUAUGGGAAGUUCAUGGUGCAUAGGCCAUUUAUUAGGAAGUCAAUAAAUAAUAUUUUCUUUAGGUUCAUAUAUGAGACGGAGAGGCACAGUGGCAUUGGAGAGCUUUUGGAGAUUCUUGGAAGUAUAAUUAAUGGAUUUGCACUGCCAAUGAAGGAGGAGCACAAAUUGUUUCUUGUCCGGGCUUUGAUACCACUCCACAAGCCCAAAACAGUAGCAAUUUACCAUCAGCAGUUAUCAUACUGCAUUACACAGUUUGUGGAAAAAGACUACAAAUUGGCAGAUACCGUUAUAAGGGGUUUGUUGAAGUACUGGCCAGUCACCAAUUGCCAAAAGGAAGUUCUUUUCCUGGCAGAACUUGAGGAAGUUUUAGAGGCAACCCAGGCUGCAGAGUUCCAGCAAUCAGCACUUAAACUUCUUAAUCAGGUUGCGGAACGAGCACUAUUUCUGUGGAAUAAUGAACAUGUAGUGAGCUUGAUUGCCCAGAACCGGAAAGUCAUUUUGCCAAUUAUCUUCGAGGCUUUAGAAAAAAAUAUUCAGUCCCACUGGAAUCAGGCAGUACAUGGUCUCACUGUUAACGUUCGAAAAAUGUUUUUGGAGAUGGACGUGGAGUUAUUCGAGGAAUGCCAAAGGCAGUAUACAGAAAGGGAAGCAAAUGCGAGAGAAUUGGAAGAACAACGAGAACUGACGUGGCAAAGAUUGGCCGCUGCUGCUGCACAAGAACGCUGACAGGAUAUGGCUAUUGCUUUUUUGGAAUGCAAUGAGCAGUCCCAAUCCAAGAUCGAAAGGCGAACCUUUUUCCCAUGGUAUUUCAUUUUUAUGUUCUGCUUUGCUCAAUCAUUAAGGAUUAUAGAUUAAGCAACUAGUAAUGUAACUUAGAUGUAUCGAUAUGUGCUGCAGAUUAAGAUUGGUUUGUGAAGCAUUUCUUGCGUUUGGGUUUUUACCAUAUUUUACCCAACUUGAGAACUUUUUAUUCUCGUGUUGAAAUUAGUUGAUCCAUGUUUUUAUUCUUGAAGAUGAUUGGUAUUUGGAGUUC